AUGGCUGGACAGGGAGAACCGCUGGCAGACCUGGAGACCUGGACGCACCUCACCAACCCGCGCGGCUCGGCUCCAAAGUCAUGGCCAUCGUUCAAGGGCGAGGCGGAGCAUGUGCCAGCAGUGUUGGGUGGACCUGGGCGGCCUGUGGCUGAACCGCUGGAUGACCACCCGCGACUGGCUCGCAUGGUGUUCAAGGUGCCGGCGAGGCGGACGGCGCCGCAUCCGUCGGUUCUGGCGCUUGGCCCGCGGCUCUCGCCGGCCUUUCACAUCCUCUCGCCGCACUCGUCGAUGCUGGCACCCGAGUUUCCAGAAGCCGAGUCGGAGGGCACAAGAGUGGACGGCGCCGGCGAUGGUUCGGGCUGUGGCGGCGUUUCAGCCCGCAAUCGUGGCCUCUUUCCGCCGAGCAAGACCGGCGGUUGCGGCGGUCGCCGUUCGUCGCACAACUCGGUCCGCAGACACUCUCUGAGCUCGACAGAUCUCGAGCGGGAGGCGCUGCUUCUCCGAGAGAACGUGCGGUCGGCCAAGGCGCUGACUGCGUCCGAGUUUGGAGCGCAGCCGGUGGUCUUGUAUGGGCCGUCGAUCCCCGAGUACCUUCGGCACAACGCUUUUGCCUUUCCGCCGAGCAAGUGCUUCAAUCCGCAGCAUCCGGCGAUGGUGCUUCCGCUCCCCCUCCUCUUCCGAAUUUUCCGCUACUUUAGCAUCGCUGACCUCUUUGCCUUUUCGUCUGUCGACUGGGCUGCCAAGGACCGGGUCGACGAGUACCUGUUGUUCUCGUCGAUUGUUCUCGGGGGGACCCGGAGUGUCCGCCGCGGCGGUAGGCUUGACGUCUCGUACGACACCAUUUCCAUCUCGUCGUCCGACUCGGAGCUGUCAUUAGUGAAGCUGCCGCACCCUGGCGGCGGACGGCGGCGGCUCUCAAUUGCGUCUGUUGGAUCCAACGGGGCAGGGAGGCGAAAGGGCUCACUCUCGGCCGUAGACGACGUCUCGUCCCGUGCAUUGGCCAUGAAGUCGAUGCGAGCCGAGAUCCAGCGGUACCAGAGCGUGGUGGCGCGGCUGAAGGCCAAGUUGACCAAGCGCAAGGACCAGCUGACCAAGUUCAAGGGUCAGACCAAGUCUGCCAAUGCCAAGACAGUCAAGGUCAUGCAGCAGCUGGCAAACAAGAAUGAUGCGCUGCGGAUGGCUCUCGCCGAAGAGCGCACGGCGCGGGCCAAGGCUGAGCACGCCGUCGAGCGGUUGACUGAAGCACAGCUGGAGCUCAAGGCCGGCGCCGCGGUAUCAGCUGAGGCGCUCGACAAGGCCACCCACAAGAACCGCUCGCUCAAGGCCCACGUCCAGGAGCUGCAGACCCAGGUGGCCCAGCUCAACCACCGAAUGGGAAUGGCACGAUCGUCGGCGGCCAUGGCCGCCCGUGCUCGUGAAAAGGCGGAUGCCCGCGUCGCUUACCUCGAAACGCUUGGCUUUGACGAAAAGGCCAAGGCGACACUGGCGACGGUCGAGCAGAUGGAGAGCGUGAUGGGCCAGCUUCGCGACGACCGUGAGCUUCUCCUCCGCGAUGUGCAGCAGAUGCGAGUCAUUGUCUCUGCGCACCAAGUUGCGCUCCGCCGCACCAUUGCGGUGGCGGCACCGGCGCUCGAGGCCGCCGACGUCUCGCUUGCGGAGCUGCGUUCUGACGUGCUCGAGCCGCUGCAGAUCAUGAUGGCCGCCGACGUUCGGUCGCAGAAGGAGGAGCGCGAGCGCAAACUCCGGCGCGAGCUCCAACUUGCCAAGGAGGCGCAGUUGUCGGCCUCGGUCGACGCCCUUGACGAGGUGCCGGAUCUCGAGCCGGCGUCACCGGACGCGCUGUCGAUGGCGUACUUGCGGAGUGCAGACCCACUAUCGAUUGCGCACGCCGCUGCCCAAGGCUCUCCCGACGCGCUGGCUCAGGUCGUGGCUCUUGUCGGCCCGCACGCCAAGGCCGGAUCGCGGAGCGUUGACCAGCACCUCUCGUCUCUAGUGCAGCGGCUGAUGCGGACUAGGGCCCGCAACGCGCUCAUUCUCUUCUGCGCCCAGUUUAUGGGCAAGCGCGGGGUGUCGGACCCGCUCCGCUGGGGCGCGGCCGUUUACAUUCAAACCUGGUGGCGGCACUGCCUCUCGGCUCGUGCGAUGGCGCGGGCACAGAGCACCGACUUUGGCACAGGCCCCAUGCCGCGCUGUGACAGCACUCACUCGGGCUUGGGCUUGGACGUUAGGGGCUCGGGCUCAGGUGCCGAGACGACGCAAGGAUCCAAGGCACCACGGCGGGUGUCCAAGCUUGUCCUCCCGCGCCGGCUGCCGUACUGGCACGACCGGUACGAGCCGAAGCGAGUUGUGAUGGAGGUGGAGGCCAUCGACAUUGAUCUUCUCAUUCGGCGGAUCACCGCGCCGAGCCAGCGCGACGUGGCGCUGACCAAUGUGACGCUGGCGACCUUUCCCGAGUUUAUGGAUGCGGGCGAGUUUCUGCGGCUUCUUGUGGCGCGGUACUUUUCGUUGCCGGUCGAUCUUGGCGAUCUGCCGUUCUUCCUGGCCUCGGUCCAGCCGAUGCUUCAGCAGCAGGUCCUCGCCGUCCUUCUCGAGUGGUUGGUGCGGUUCUCGGAGGACUUUAGCGGCAACGACGCAGCGUCGCUCCGUGCCGGACUGGGGCGGUUUCUGGAGCGGACGCUGGAAAACGCGACCGAUCCCGCUGCCCGCGAGAUGCUCGAGGCAGCUUCGCUUGUGUUGGCACUGGUGGGCGAGCUGCCGCGGGAGAGUAUGUUGGCGUGCACGCCGCUGGGGCAGGCGCUUCGUGCAGGCGCCAUCGAUUGGGAGCUUGUGCGGCGCGAGGCAGAGCAGGCGCAGGAGCCGCGGCCGGCGAGCAGGCUUGUGCUCGCACCGCGGGCACCGCAGUCGCUCCUCCUUGACCCAGGCCCGCUCCGGUCGCUGGUUCAGGUCCACCCGAUUGAGGUUGCACGCCAGCUGGCGCUCAUAGACUUUGCCAUGUUUGUAAGGGUGGAGCGGAAGGAGCUGCUUCGACAGGCUUUCGUCAAGCCGGACUCACGGCGCGGCGCGCCGCACAUCCAGGGUCUUAUCGACCAAUUCAACGCGACGUCAUCGUGGGCGAUGACGCAGGUGCUGAUGGGCGAGACUGCGGACGAGCGGGCGGUCCUCAUUUGCAUGCUGGUCGACGUGGCGCGCGAGUGCCAGCAGCUGGGCAACUACUCGGCGAUGAUGGCGCUGGUAUCGGGCCUGCAGGGCGCAGCAGUGUCCCGGCUCAAGUUUUCGUGGGCGCUGGUGCCCGAUGAGUAUACCGAGCACUGGGAUGAUCUCAAGCGAGCGCUGUCGAUGAACCACAACUACCACGCAUACCGUGAGGCGCUACGGCGCCAGCAGGCGCCGGCAGUCCCGUACCUCGGCGUCUUUCUGCAGGACCUGGUCUUUAUCGACGACGGCAACCCAUCGCUGGUGGCGCCGCACAAUCUCAUCAACAUGGCCAAGCACGCCAUGAACGCCGGCGUCAUCAACGAGCUUCUCCGGCUGCAGGCUGCGCCAUACGAGUACCACGCCGUGGAGGACAUCCAGGUCUUUCUCCGCUCGGCAGCCGGCAUCGACGAGGACACGCUGUUUGCGCGCUCGCUUGAGCUCGAGCCGCGCGACGCCAAGCCGCCGCGGCGGCGGUUGCCUGUCACCUACAACUCGCUCCCAGUCUCGACCUGGAUGCACGUCGAGCUCGAUGCGCCCGAGGUGCUCGAUGAUCUGGUGGCCAACACGACGGUGGAAGAGUUCGAGGCCGGCUCGCUGGUGCUCAAGGCCGGGCACGCGUCCAAGUACAUGUAUUACGUCGCGCACGGCGUGCUGCAAGUCCACCUUCCGCGCGGCCCCGUCGUUCUGCUCUCGGACGGGCAGCUCGUCGGCGAAAUGGCGGUCUUCAUGGGCUCGAAGCGGUCGGCCAAUGUGUCGGCAGUGACCCACGUCACGCUCCUCAAGCUCCCGUCCAAAAACCUCGGCGUCCUCCUCCGCAAGCACCCACAGCUCCAGCAGAACCUGGCGGCGCUCGCGCGGUUCCGGGCUGAGGACAUCAAGAAGCGAGCCGAGGCGCCGCCGCCGCCUUCCAAGCCCAAAUGGUACUCCUCGGUCUCGCAACCGAGUGCCCUGCGGUGGACUCGGGCCGGCGGAUCGGCCACGUCUGGCGCAAAAAAAGGCUGAAUGAGUGUAUGAGCGCGCAGAUCAGCUCUCGAGCGUAGGCUGGAAGAGCGCCGACGCGUCAACCAGGUUGGGAUCGUAGUCUUGGACCGUAAGCGACGAGUGGCGGCCGCGAGCAACAGCGUUGGAUGACGGCGUGUCAAAGACCGGGAGCAGCGCCACGUCCAUGGCCUCGGGCGCUUCGGCGGCGUCGUCGUCGUUGGUGUGGUCAAACGCGUUCUCGCGAAGGCCGCGUCCAAAGUUUUCGUACGCGCGCUUGCCGUUGAUCAUGACGGUGAUGCGGUUGAUGAUGGCAAGCGAGGCGGUGACGGCCAUCUGAGCGUACGGCGCGUUGGCGCCGUAGUCAUCGGGAUCGCUGGCAAUGAGUACAGCCUUGAUGACAAUGUUGAUGGGCGCGAUGAUGCCGAGGCCAAAGAACCAGUGCAUGAGCCGGCGGUCCUCGCGCUGGAUGCCGCGAAUGCCAAGGGUGGCGUAGAAAAUGGUAAAGGCAAGCAUGACAA